AACUGUAGUAGCUCAACGAACAUGGCUUGCAAAAAUCUCGUCUUCAUCAUCGUCAGCCUCGCCCUGCUGGUGGCGGCUUUAGCAGCGCCUGCUGAGAAGCAACAACCAGCCGAAGCAGAAUUAGCGCCACAGAAGGAAGACCUAGUCUCAGCAUCUGAGGAUCUCAAGCCAGCAGCCUCCCACUGGGGCGGCGGCUGGGGCGGCUUGGGCGGCCACUGGGGCGGCCACUACGGCGGCUACUACCCCUACUACGGUAGCUACUGGGGCGGCUGGCCUAGCUACGGCUACGGCGGCUAUGGCGGCUACGGCGGCUACGGCGGCUACGGCGGCUACUGGCCGUACGGCGGCUACUACGGACACCACGGCGGCUACUGGUGGUAACCACGCAAGACUAACAUAGAUCAAUGCCAGUAUUAAUGUUACACGAAACGAAUUCAGUUUUGGCUUUAGGUCGAGAUUAUAAAUUAGUUAAUGCAACUGGAUAAACAUUACGUUGCCCGAUUCUAUGUAUAUUUUAUAAACCUCUACAUAGUUCCGUGAUUUCGUUUAUAUUUCUUACACAUCAACAGUACCGAUGCAUUUUUAUGAUACUCUUCUAUCACUCUUCUCUGAAUACACACAUCUCGACCAAAAAGCUCCAUAAGCUUGCCUUAGCUUAAAGUAUAUGUAUAUAAGAGUAAUAUUACUGACUUAAUUACACACCAUAGGCAAUAAGACGGUAUUGGCGAAUUCCCUCACGUAUUCGCUGACACCUGCGUCAAACAUUACUGUUAGAUUAGAUAAUGCGUUUUUGGCAAGUUGAGUAUGACAAGAAUCGCUAAUGGCCGCCAGGGUGCUUGGGGAGAGGGGGCAGGAUGUGUAAAAACCAAAUGAUGGCACGUGAAGACAUGACAUGAUCCCAAGCGAAUAACAAUGCCAUAAUGAUGGCGUUGAAAUUUAUAACUAAGGGAAAAUUAUCAUGAUGAAAUGUAUUACUGAUUUGGCAUAACCCUGAAUGUCGAAAAGAAAGAACUUGUGUUAUCAGCUUACAUUUAAUACAGUUUCAUUACUUAUCUUUUAUCAUUUUCAAAGUUCAAAAUAUGUUUUAUUUUUAAGAGUGUUACUAGUAUUAUACCUACUAUACUGCCUAUACAAUUAAUAGACCUGUAAAUAGUUAUAAGUACAAUUGUAUUUAUUAAAGAUGAAUGAAGAAUA